CGUCAUCAACAUCCAACGCAUGAGAGGACCUGCAUAAUAAAUAUUACAUUGUUGUUCAAUUGCUGUAACUAACUUUCUGGUUUAUAAUGUCAACAUACACAACUAUCCAGUUACCGCUUUGGGAUGGUGGCAAGCUGAAAAUUCGCUUUAUAUACUUGUCAAAUAGAAGCUCUUUCAAAGUAACGAGCUGUCCUGUCGAGGUGAGUUGCAUGGCUGCAUAACGUUAGCUAGCGAGCGAAGAGGCUGCAUCAGCUAUCUCUCAGUACAUUUUAAAAUUGAGACUUCAGGCCGUAUUAUUUUUGCUCUUCUUUAGGGACCAAUGGUUCCUCUCUUUUUAGGGGCUGAUCUCUUCUCAAACACUGAUAUCCGCACAGAGAACCAUCCCAGAUAUCAUGCAAAGUUUGCAAAGAAAGGAUUGGCAACUAAACUACAUUUCUCCUCAGGUAAGUUUUGAUCCCCAGAUACAGAACAUCAUAAAGCAAGUUGCAUGGUUUAUGGAUAUCAUAUCUUGUUUGCAAUCCACAGCAUUUAGAGUCCAUGGCCUGAGGGUACCCACUGCCAACAAUUGCCUGUGGUUCUACAGCAUCCAAGGUGUUUUUCGAGUGGCCUUUGAAAUGUAUAGUAAACAAGAGCAGCUUUCUGUGUUGGAGAACUUUCAGGUAACAUUUCAGACUCCUAGUUAUACAACAAAUCCACCCAUAGAGGCUACAACCUACAAUUGCAAUGUCAUCCAGUUAAAAGGGGCCAAUUUUAUUUAACCUGAUGAAUACUUGAAGUAGGCCAACAAUGUACUGAUACUUAAUGGUCACUCAUACUCUAGGAGGUAUGGAAGUCCCGCCUAAAUGACAUCCCACUAAAGAUGAACUACAACCUGAGUGUUCAGCUGGAUCCUCCGCCACCCCAGAUCGUUGUGGAGAUGUACGACCAAGACCUAAAGCUCAAACUGAUGUCCCGGAAUCCCCAAGGUUACCCAUCUCAAUCUGUGGAAAUUCCUGAGGCUGACACAGGCCCUUCAGGUGACACUUCAGCAGACCAUGAUUACUGCUUUCUGCCAAAUGAGAGUAUGCCAGCACAGCCAGUCCAUCUAUGUCCCUCCAUCUUAAGUCAAAAACUGCAGGGCUUGGAGGCAAAGCUGAGCUCUGAGAAACAGCUGGGGACCGACCAGCAGGAGACCAUCCUGCUUCUGUUGGAGAGCAUUGAGCGCUGUGUGAGCAGGCCACUGGAGGAGGGGGAUGUGGCAGACACUGUACUAGCUCUGCUAGAGGCUCGGAAAUGGGGCUCUGUGUACUCCAGCCACCUGCUUCACUCCAUAGGCUGCUGGCUUGGCCAGCAGUUCCAUGCAGCCAACAGUAGUAUCAGCCAGCAGGUAGAGUGCUUCAAGGUGCGGCACAUAGAGCGAAUCACAGAUCUGCCACCUGCAGAGGAACUAGCCUCAGAGCUUUUUCCAGAGGCAAUGCGAACACUGCUGCUCCACUGGAUGGGUCUGAGUGAUGACUCAACCCUGUGGAAGAGACAGAGCGAGUACCCUAUCCUGCUCCUAAUCCUGGAGUUUGCCAACCACAACCUCAUCACUGGUGUUGCACAUGUGCUUUACUCAAGUCUUAAGGUGAAUUUAGAUCUAGCUGACUCAAAAGAGUUAAGUACUGUAGAAAGUAAAACUACUGUUGUAAAAAACUACUCAAGUAAAAGUAAAAAG